AUGGAAGACAGUUCUAAGAGUGGAUUAGUCGAAGCGAACACUGAUGGCUCUGUGUUCUUGGAACGAGCCCACCGUGGGAUCGUACCCUGUUCUCUCGUCAAAUCUAGCCAAAUCCCGAUAGGUGACGUUGAAGUCAUUUACUGGCACUAUGGCUCAACCAGCCCGGCAUCCAUCCUCAUCUCGUACUUCUUGGGAAGAGUGGCUCCCCAAAACGGGAUCCCAGAGGGCGUCUACGAUAUCGACAAUGAAUUCAAUCUCAUCAUUGAGAACGUCACCCCCUCCGAUGAGGGAACCUACUACUUUCGGCUGAAACCGCAUUUGAAAGCGUUACAAGACGGACAGGUUGAAGUAUAUAAUAAAGUCUGCCCAAGUCGUCCAUAUCCUACCGUCAUCGGCUGCAAUCAAGACCACGACGCAGACACGUGCGAGGUGAGAGUACGACACGACAGCACCGUGCAUUACCUGACCUGCGUCAUGGAGCAUGUCAAACCUGCCGUGGAACUGAGGUGGAUGCGUCUGUUUUUGGGCGGAAAGACAGUACUCAACGCUUCUACAACCGUCAGGCCUCUAGUUCUACCGGACUACAUGGGUUCGUCGUUGAGGAACAACACCUAUUCAACUUCAGCAUCAAUCCAACUUCCUUCGGUAGACGAUGAUGCAGAAUAUGUGUGUGAGGCAGUGGGUGUUGCUGUAGGUGGCAAUACACGCACGAGGGUACGCCUUACCAAAACUCACCCCACAACAGCAACUCAUGACACAACGCCAACUGACGAUGAAGUUCAGUCCUCCAACACUCCAGGAAAAACGGCUGACGGAGUAUCACCAACUACCUACAACCCUGCUGAGAUGCGCGUCUUUCUGAUGGUGCUUGUGGUCGCGUUUUCAAUCUCAUGCAUCGUCAUUGGCAUUGGGUGUGUCUACAUUAAAUAUCUUCGUAAGAAACCCAAACGAACACAAUCGUAUGAGUCGUCAGACAACGUCGAGGAAAAAGACGCACUUGAAUUAGAUGCAAAUGGAUACAAUGGUAUAAACGAGACCAGGCUUCACACACCGGUGGAAAAUACCUCCACGUCUAAAAAAGAAACCAAUACAAAGAAGAGGAGGCGUUACGCACCCCCGCGAUGUACUGAAAAAUAA